AUGCCGCCGCGCCACCAUACACUCCCCGCCGCCCAAACCUCGUCCGCGCGAGAGGCUCAGAAGUCCUUCUAUUGCACGCUCUGCUCCAAGGGCUACUCCCGCAUGAACGAUUAUGAGGCCCAUCUAUCCUCCUACGACCACUCCCACAAGCAGCGACUGCGCGACAUGAAAGCAAUGGUACGGGAUCCCAACGCUUCCAGCCGAGCGCGCAAGGCCGAGGCCAAAGCCGAUGGGAUUGUCAGCAUCAAGAUGCCGCAAGACGGCUCUGGGUCGACAACCUCUGGUGGAGGCUUCAAGAAGGGAGGUUUCAAAAAGAGUGGUUUCAAGAGCGCCUUCGCACCCGUCGAGGACUCCAAUGCAGCGCCUCGAGACAACAACGCGAGCAAGCCCGCCCAAAAAGUAGACAUGCCAGGUAGACCUACGCUGGUGGAGAGCGAUACCGAAGACGAAGGCUACGAGAUGUACGAUCCCCGAUUCCCGACCGAAUAA